UCCCGGCCAGAGCACCAGGCGGGCCUUCCUUGUUGCAACACACAGAAUUAUCUGAAGAAAUGGAUACGUCUCCUUCCAAAACAUGUCCAGUUAAAAAACGGGUGAAAAUACAUCCCAACACAGUGAUGGUAAAAUACACUUCUCAUUAUCCUCAGCCUGGGGAUGAUGGAUAUGAAGAAAUUAAUGAAGAUUAUGGAAAUUUUAUGGAGGAAAAUUCAAAGAAAGGCCUGCUGAGUGAAAUGAAAAGAAAAGGAAGAACUUUUUUUGGAACCAUGGAUACCCGACCUCCACCAACAAAAGACCCCAUGACCAAUGAGAUUGGACAAUUCCAGAGCUUUGCAGAAAAAAACAUUUUUCAAUCCAGAAAAAUGUGGAUAGUGCUGUUUGGAUCUGCUUUGGCUCAUGGAUGUGUAGCUCUUAUCACUAGGCUCGUUUCUGAUCGUUCUAAAGUUCCAUCUCUAGAACUGAUUUUUAUCCGUUCUGUCUUACAGGUCUUGUCUGUGUUAGUUGUUUGUUACUACCAGGAGGCCCCCUUUGGACCCAGUGGAUAUAGAUUACGUCUCUUCUUUUAUGGUGUAUGCAAUGUCAUUUCUAUCACCUGUGCUUAUACAUCAUUUUCUAUAGUUCCUCCCAGCAAUGGGACCACUAUGUGGAGAGCCACCACCACAGUCUUCAGUGCCAUUUUGGCUUUUUUACUUGUAGAUGAGAAAAUGGCUUAUAUUGAUAUGGCUACAGUUAUUUGCAGCAUCUUAGGUGUUUGUCUUGUCAUGAUCCCCAACAUAGUUAAUGAAGAAAAUUCCUUGUUAAAUGCUUGGAAAGAAGCCUUUGGAUACACUAUGACUGUGAUGGCUGGGCUGACCACUGCUCUUUCCAUGAUAGUAUAUAGAUCUAUUAAGGAGAAGAUUAGCAUGUGGACUGCACUGUUUACCUUUGGUUGGACCGGGACAGUCUGGGGAUUAUCUACUAUGUUCAUUCUUCAAGAACCCAUUAUCCCAUUAGAUGUAGAAACCUGGAGUUAUCUCAUUGCUAUAUGUGUCUGUUCUACUGUAGCAUACUUAGGAGUUUAUUAUGCCUUGAACAAAUUCCAUCCAGCUUUGGUCAGCACAGUACAACAUCUGGAGAUUGUGGUAGCGAUGGUUUUGCAGCUUCUAGUAUUACACAUAUUUCCUAGUGUCUAUGAUGUCUUUGGAGGAGUAAUCAUUAUGAUUAGUGUUUUUGUCCUUGCAGGCUAUAAACUUUACUGGAGGAAUUUAAGAAGGCAGGAUUAUCAGGAAAUAUUAGACUCUCCCAUUAAAUGAAUAUCUUGUUAACCAUCAGUUAUAAAUAGGUACACUGCCAUUUUAAUAUUCACCAGUGUCUUUUGUGUUGUAUAACUGAGUGCUAUAUAAUUAUAUAUGCAGAUACAGAAAAAUAUAUUCUAGUCUAAUAUAUUAAAAAACAAAUAUUAUAUAUGUGAAAUA